AUGGCUGAUCUACUCAAAGGCAUAAACCUCAUUGAGACUCUUAAAGAGUCGAUGGAGAGCAACAAGUUUUCUGAUGUAAAGGACGCCGUUGAAGAUCUUCUUAUCAGUAGGAUCAACCUUGCUGUCCUUGGGGAGCGUGGAGAUGAAAAAUUCUCCCUUAUUAACUCCCUUCAUGGCCUUGGACCUGAGGAUGAAGGUUCAGCCCCUUCUCAAUCUCCUGUCACCCCAGAGGAAGUAGGUGGUUACCCAAAUCCCAAACACCCAGACUUCCGUCUUUGGGAUCUGCCACCUGUCCCAAUCACAUCCCCAUUUGAACCAGAGGGAUACAUAAGUAGAUAUAAGUUCCUUCGUUAUAAUGCUGUCUUUAUGACGUUUACACACAUCAUACAACCAAACUGCGUGGAGGUUUUUUUGGAGGCUCUUUCACUGCAGCAGAAAACAGUGUAUUUUGUUCUCUUAGGUUCCAUAAAAGACACAGAUAAGAGUUUGGAAGAAAAGAGGAAAGCAAGUCUGGAGGUACUGAAAUCACAGGGUGUGAAACAGCCUAAAAUCUACCUGGUUAGACCUUUGAAUCUUGAGAAGUUAGACUUUCCUGGCCUCUUGGCAGACGUUACCAAAGACCUUCCUGAGAUCCGGGCUCACGCCCUUCUUCUGGCAUUACCCACACUCACCCCAACACUGGUUACUCUGAAAAAGGAGGCAUUUAAAGCACUCAUAUGGGCAGCUGCCUCCCUAUCCGGUGGGAUGUCAGCCAUUCCUGUUCCCCUUGUGGCAUCUAUGGUGGACUCGAGCAUUGCAGUGCGGAUUUUGACAAAAGCUCAGUUAUCUCUGUGCGUUGAUGAUGAAUCGAUCGAGCGAACGGCUCGACGGCGGCACCUGGAACCAACAAGGCUUAAAGAACUGCGAACUUGUGCAUUGUCAGUUGAGGUCACUAAAGGGGAAGUUAAAAGAAGACUUGCUGCAGCUGAGAAGGACUUGGCUACCGUUUCAUCAAAGUUAGUGGAAAUGGCGCUGCCUAGACAUGCGCGUUUGGCCAGCCGCUCCUUCACUGCCAUGCUGCAAGCUUUAAAUGGUGCUAUUGAUGAAAUGGCUGCUGAUGCUGAGAAAAUAGUGGCAGCUGCAGUGGAGGGGGGGAAAUAA